GCUCUUCUUAACUCACACAACAACCAACAAAAAAAAAAUCAAAUAGUGAUAUUAUGACUUGCAGCCAAACACUCGGAAACAACAACGCCAACAAAUACCAGAUCUGCGAGGAGAUCGGCCGUGGCCGUUUCGGCACCGUCACUCGCGUCUACGCUCCGGCCACCGGUGAUUUCUUCGCCUGCAAAACCAUCGACAAGGCCUCCCUCUCCGACGACCUUGACCGUGCCUGUCUCGAUAACGAGCCUAAGCUCAUGGCUCUCUUGUCCUAUCACCCUAACAUCGUCCAAAUCCAUGAUCUCAUCGACACUGAUUCGACUCUCUCUAUUUUCAUGGAGCUCGUCGAUCCCUCUGUUUCGAUCUACGACCGUCUGGUCUCUUCUGGAACAUUCUCUGAGUCUCAGACGGCGUCGUUCGCUAAACAGAUUCUCCAGGCGCUUUCGCAUUGUCACCGAUACGGCGUUGUUCACAGGGAUAUUAAACCGGAGAACAUUUUGGUAGAUCUACGAAACGAUACGGUUAAGAUCUGCGAUUUCGGUUCAGGGAUUUGGUUAGGUGAGGGAGAGACCACGGAAGGAGUCGUUGGAACGCCGUAUUACGUAGCGCCGGAGGUUUUGAUGGGAUGUUCUUACGGCGAGAAGGUCGAUCUCUGGAGCGCCGGCGUCGUUUUAUACACGAUGCUCGCUGGAACUCCACCGUUUUACGGGGAAACUGCGGAGGAUAUAUUCGAAGCGGUUCUCAGAGGAAACCUCCGUUUUCCGACUAAGAUAUUCCGGGGAGUUUCAUCGAUGGCUAAAGAUUUCCUAAGGAAGUUGAUAUGCAAAGAUGCUUCUAGAAGAUUCUCAGCCGAACAAGCAUUAAGGCACCCAUGGAUCCAAAGAGCAGGAGAAACAGAGGAAAGAUUCAUGUAGAGAAGAUUCUCUCGGAGAAUAAAUAAGUGAUAGCUUA